CUGUAUCUAUUAUCUUUUUUAACUUUUUUAUUUUAAAAACAUAAUAUAAUUUAAGAAUAUUUUGUUUCCUUUUUUAAAAGAUAUCAAAUUUGAAAUAAUGAAAUCUUAUUGUUUGGUGAACCUAGAGGUUCACCUUAGGGGGUGAACCCAAGAAUGACUAUUAUUAUAAUUGCCUAAUUGUUUAGUAGUCUCAAUUAGUGAGCGCUAGCCCUUACAUAAGACAUGUUAAGCAGCAUGCUUUAUGCCUCUUAUUCUCUUAAGCCACUAACCUGAGUACCUUGAGGUAGAUUCUCUGGCUAGUUUUAAAGAUAAAAUAAGAAAUGAAAAAGUCCCAGUAUCUUUAACCCCCCUUCCAUAGUUAUAUUCUUGUUUUCUUACAACAUGCACCGCACGUUGUCUCUCCAGCCCUACAAAAACUACAUCAACGUUUCUCUGUUUCAUUCAUGCGCACCAACUCAAAAACAAAUUUUAAAAAGCUGGAAAAUACAUGUAAAACAUAAAGUAUUUUCUGCUUCUUUUGUUUAUGUUAAAGAACAGAGACAAAGUAGAGCGAGUGACUAGUUCUUGAUCUGUACUUUUCUUUUGCUUUCUUCUUUUCCAUUUUUUGGAUUACAUUUUCUUCUUCUUCUUUUUGGUUACAUAUGAUCUGAUAAAAAGAACACAAAAAUAGAGAAAUAAAAGAGUGCGGGGGGAUAGAUAAACUGUGAGGAGUACUUGGGAAUGGUGCAGUCAUUUGGACGUAAACUAAGUUGGCCAAGAUCUUUCAGUUUUAGAAAGAUGUUAGAUGGUCUGAAUUCUGGAAAUUCAUCCUUCUCUUCUCGUGGGGACGGCAGGCAAACACCUGACCACGAACUUGCCGUACAUGCUACACCAUCGGCCCAGGGGACUCGUAGAGGCAACCAAAAUAGAAUAUCAGAUAUGGAAGUGAUGAAGGAAAGAUUCGCAAGACUGCUGCUUGGAGAGGACAUGUCAGGCGGUAGUGAAGGCGUGUCCUCUGCGUUAGCUUUGUCAAAUGCCAUCACCAACCUCGCUGACUCCAUGUUUGGUGAGCAGAUGAAAUUGCAGCCUAUGUAUCCGGAGACAAAAGAGAUUUGGAGGAAAGAAUUGGACUGGUUAUUAUCUGUGGUUGAUCACAUUGUUCAGUUUGUUCCUUCAAAACAAAUGGCCAAAAAUGGGGCAAUCACUGAGAUCAUGGUGACAAAACAAAGAGAUGAUCUGCUGAUGAACAUUCCAGCCUUACGCAAGCUUGACUCGGUUCUUCUCGAGACUUUGGACAACUUCAAGGACCAGAAAGACUUUUGGUAUGUCCCAAGAGAUGUUGAGGAUACAGAGAACAAUGGAGACUGGAGAAGGGAUGACAACUGGUGGUUACCAGUGGUUAAGGUUCCAUCGGAUGGUUUGUCUGAGGAAUCACGUAAACUGUUACAUAGUCAGAAAGAUUCUGUGUCACAGGUCCUUAAAGCCGCCACAGCCAUCAAUGCUGUAGUAUUGUCUGAAAUGCACAUUCCUGACAACUACAUUGACUCUCUUCCAAAGAAUGGGAAGACGAGCCUGGGAGAUUUCCUUUACAAGAACAUAACGGAUGAGUACUUUGAUCCUGACUACUUCAUCUCUUUCUUGGAAUUGUCAACGGAACACAAAGUUCUUGAUCUAAAGAACAGGAUUGAGGCUUCCAUGGUGAUAUGGAAGAGGAAGAUGAACCAGAAAGAGAAAGACGGAAAAUCACAGUGGGGAUCCUCUGUUAGCUUAGAGAAGAGGGAGCUUUUCGAGGUCCGAGCUGAGACCAUUCUGGUUAUGCUUAAGCAGCAGUUCCCUAGGAUCCCACAAUCCUCACUUGAGAUCUCCAAGAUCAGAAACAACAAGGACGUGGGACAGGCUAUUUUGGAGAGCUAUUCAAGAGUAUUAGAAAAUCUGGCUUCAAAGAUAUUGUCAAGAAUAGAUGAUGUUCUUGAAGCUGAUUUGUUAGUUCAAAGACAGAUGAUGGCAGAGGCAGAGAGAAGGUCAGAAAGCGAGGGGGGAUAUGAAUACGAAGAAAGCGAAAAGGGGCUAUCAGCAGAAACGCCAAACUCGAGAAAACUAUCUGACUUCAUAGGGUGGAGAUUGUCAUCAGAUACAAAAAAGCAUAGUUCGAUGAGUGAUAUAGAGUUCUUUUAUAGAACUGAGCAGGAGAAGCCGAUGAUGAAGUCUCCAAGAGCUCUACCCAAGAAACUUUCGUAUCUAUCAAAGUUAGAGAACAUGAGAAGCACGAGUGAGAGACACUGAUAAUGAUAACAGGUAAGUGUAGACGAGAGCAAUAUGUAUAUAGAAGAAGAAAAGAAACAAAAAGAGGGAGCGAGAGAGAGAGAGAGUAGGGGAGGUUAAAGUGUGUGUAAAUAUAAUGAAGGCACUGGUUUAGGAUUUGGACAUGACUAUUGGUGUUUGAUGACAUUUGUGGUACCUACCUGGUUGAUCAUGUUUGGUUUUGCUUGUUUGACUAUUGCUUCCUGUUGUGUACCAUAUUUUGGUUAUUUUGAAGCUAACAGCAUUGUAUUGUAUUAUGAAGCUAACAUUGUAAUGUGUAUAACAUUGAUUCAUGAUGGAUUUUGAAGCUCAAUUGGAUGAUUUGUGUAUUUGACUUUGCUGGUGCUGCCCAUCCUAUCAAAUUAAAAUUAUCAACACAGUCUUGUUACAAAAGUGUUGUCAUAUAUGUAUCCAUUCAUCCUAAAAAUUUCAAAUCCAUUUCUGAUCUUCGUUUAAAUAAUUAUCAAUUCAAAAGUACUGUUUAUUUUAGGGACCCUUUAUUUUAUUCAAAACAGUUCAGAAAAAAUGGAUACGAAAAAGCAGGACAGAACAAAAUAUCCAAAUUAUCUACCUCAUUUAAAAAAAAAAAAAAUUUAAACUCUAUUUCUCAAAAAUUCCUAAGAAUAUACAAAUUUACUCAAGAAAAAUUUAACGUUACCUAAAAUAUCAUAUUAAAUUUUAUUUGUAUUUAAAUAAAUAGAAUUAAUAAUCAAUCAUACAUUGUUGUUUUUUUGGUCAAUCAGUGUUUUUAUUUAUUUUCCAUAUUUUUUGCCCAUAUUUAACUUAUAAUAACGGGGAUAUUCAACGUAAUGGUAUACGAACAAACCGAGCAGAGAGUUCGAUCGCCGGCGGUAAUCAGAAUGAAGGAAGACAUACAGAAAAUGGUGGCCGUAGGGCUCGUGUGGGGAGCCACCAACGCCCUGAUCCGCCGCGGAGCACUCGCCUGGGACAAAAAAUCAUCAUCAUCAUCUUCGACGAUAACAGAGUCUCCUCCUCUUCAGAUCCCAUCAACCUUCCGCCGCAAACUCCUCGCCGCUCUCCGCGACUGGAUCAACCUCCUCCUCUUCUGGCAAUACUCCGUUCCUUUCCUCGUAAACCUCUCCGCCUCCGCCGCGUUCUUCGCCCUCCUCGGCGACUCCCCGAUCUCUAUCGCCGUUCCGGUCACCAACGCCACGACCUUCGCCGCAACCGCCGCGUUCGGGGUUAUUCUGGGGGAGGAAACUCAAAUCGGACUUGCUUUGGUAGGUACGAGCUUUAUUGUAUUUGGAAUCUGGCUUUGCGUUGGUCAUUGAUAAUCAGAUCGAUACUGAUCUGAUCUGUGUGAUUGGAACAUUCUAGAACCGUCACUCUGUUUCCUGUGAGAUAUAGAAUUGGUUUCAUUCUUGUUCUA